UGGGGGGUUAUGAUGGAACAGAGAGGUGGGGGACAUUAAGCGACAUGCGCUGAGUGAGGCUGGGGGUAGCCGGCUUGCACGUCGUGCGCUCUUCGGCUGCGGUAGCAACGCUCCUGAUGAGGGCUGUGCGCUGCGACCGUCAUCAUCACCACCACUAUCAGCAGCAGCGGCAGCAGCGGAAUCAUCACCAUCAGCAACAGCAGCAGCAGCAUCAUCAUCAGCAGCAGUGCUCCUGUCGGCUUCGUCACUCGGUGGAACAAUGGGAGUGCGCUGAUGUGCGCCGCACGCUUCUCAGUGCCACAUAGCUGCUCCCCCGCUCCUAGCUGCUGCUGCUGCUGCUCUGCGCGUCCGGUGGAUUUAAUGAAAGGAUGCACCAGUCGGGAGACACCAAUGAAGCAGGCACAAAGCAUGCGGCUGAAAGUUGCGGGCGCAGCCUAUCCAACGGGGGCGGCGGCGGCGCUGGGGAGUCCAACUCCAGCCAGGGCUUCCUGUCCUGGCAAGCGGCCAUCGCCGCGGCCAAAGAAGCCAAAGAGGCCGAGGAGAUGAGCCGGGCGGCCGAGGGCGAAGCGGGGGCGGCCGCCGCCCCGGGGGCUGCCGCGAACGCGGCUCAGCGCAAGCGGCAGCAGUACGCCAAGACCAAGAAACAGGGCAGCAACGCCAACGACCGACCCCCGCGGGCCCUCUUCUGCCUCGAUCUGAACAAUCCGCUGCGACGCGCGUGCAUCAGCCUCGUCGAGUGGAAGCCAUUUGAUUUGUUUAUCCUCGUGGCAAUAUUUGCCAACUGCGUGGCCUUAGCCGUCUACAUCCCCUUUCCAGAGGACGACUCCAAUGAAACAAAUCACAAUCUGGAAAAAGUGGAAUAUGCGUUCCUAAUUAUUUUCACAAUCGAAACGUUCCUGAAGAUCUUGGCGUAUGGACUCGUCAUGCAUCCCAGCUCCUACAUUCGCAACGGGUGGAACCUGCUCGACUUCGUCAUCGUCAUCGUGGGGUUGUUCAGCGUCGUGCUGGAGCAGGUGACGAAGGUGGGAGAAGGCGGCAGCCCCAUGGGAGGGAAGUCGGGAGGCUUCGACGUGAAGGCGCUGCGAGCGUUCCGCGUGCUGCGCCCGCUGCGACUCGUCUCCGGCGUGCCCAGCUUGCAGGUCGUGCUCAAUUCCAUCAUCAAGGCCAUGGUCCCCUUGCUCCACAUCGCCCUCCUCGUCCUCUUCGUCAUCAUCAUCUACGCCAUCAUCGGCCUCGAGCUCUUCAUUGGCAAAAUGCACAAAACCUGCUUCUACGUCAACACCGACACGAUGGUGGAGGACGACCCAACGCCGUGCGCCUUCGCGGGCCACGGCCGACAGUGCGCGAUGAACGGCACCGUUUGCCGGGGCGGCUGGCCCGGCCCCAACGGCGGCAUCACCAACUUCGACAAUUUCUUCUUCGCCAUGCUCACCGUGUUCCAGUGCAUCACCAUGGAGGGCUGGACCGACGUGCUGUACUGGGUAAAUGAUGCGAUUGGGAACGAGUGGCCAUGGAUGUAUUAUGUUAGUUUAAUCAUCGUAGGCUCUUUUUUCGUGCUUAACCUGGUGCUCGGUGUGCUGAGCGGAGAGUUCUCCAAAGAGCGAGAGAAGGCCAAGGCUCGCGGAGACUUCCAGAAGCUGCGGGAGAAACAGCAGCUGGAGGAAGACCUCAAGGGUUACCUGGACUGGAUCAUGCAGGCCGAGGACAUCGAUCCGGAAAACGAGGACGAGACAGGCGGGGAUGGAAAGCCACGCAGCAGGAUAACAUUGGCCGAUCUGACCGAUAAGAAGAAGGGAAGGUUUGCUUGGUUUAGCCACUCCAAUGAGACCCAUGCGAGCAUCCCUGCCAGCGAUGCCGACUCCGUCAACACGGAGAACACAGGGCACGAGGCCGAGUCCCUCUGCUGCUGCGUGCGCCUGGCAUUAGCAAUUUCUAAGUCAAAGUUCAGCCGGCGGUGGCGGAGGUGGAACCGGUUCUGCAGAAGGAAGACACGUCUCACGGUGAAGUCCACUGGCUUCUACUGGGUCGUCAUCAUCCUGGUCUUCCUCAACACGCUCACCAUCGCCUCUGAGCACUACAACCAGCCUGACUGGCUCACGCAGGUCCAAGACAUCGCCAACAAGGUGCUGCUGGCGAUGUUCACCGUGGAGAUGCUCACCAAGAUGUACAGCCUGGGCCUGCAGGCCUACUUCGUGUCGCUCUUCAACCGCUUCGACUGCUUCGUGGUGUUCGGCGGCAUCAUCGAGACGAUCCUCGUGGAGUUCGGUGUCAUGUCGCCCCUGGGCAUCUCCGUGCUCCGCUGUGUGCGCCUCCUCCGCAUCUUCAAAGUCACCAAGUACUGGGCCGCCCUGAGCAACCUGGUGGCUUCGCUGCUCAACUCCAUGCGAUCCAUUGCCUCCCUGCUGCUGCUCCUUUUCCUCUUCAUCAUCAUCUUCUCGCUGCUCGGCAUGCAGCUCUUCGGGGGCAAGUUCAACUUCGACGAGACGCAGACCAAGCGCAGCACGUUCGACAACUUCCCGCAGUCUCUGCUCACCGUGUUCCAGAUCUUGACAGGAGAGGACUGGAACGCUGUCAUGUACGACGGCAUCAUGGCGUACGGUGGGCCCUCCUCCACGGGAAUGCUCGUGUGCAUCUACUUCAUCAUCCUCUUCAUCUGCGGUAACUACAUCCUUCUGAACGUGUUCUUGGCCAUUGCCGUGGACAACUUGGCUGACGCUGAAAGUCUCAACACUGCGCAGAAAGAGGACGAGGAGGAGAAGGAAAAGAAAAAGAGUGCCAGGGCAGAGAAAAAUGGCAAGUUGGAAAAGAAAGAGGACGGGGAGAAGGGCAAACUCGAUAAAAUCGCUGAUGCCAGCACCAAGUUGCAGAUUACUGCCGACGACGGGAAGAAGGCUCUUCCAUCCUCCGGAUCUCACGCCGCAGAUGAGGCGGCGGAGGAGGAAGAGGAGCACCUCGGCGAGGGGGAGGAAGAGGAGGAAGAAGAGGAGGAGGAGGACGAGGAGGAGCCGGACAUGCCCUCUGGUCCUCGGCCCCGUCGCCUCUCUGACCUCAACCUGAAGGAGAAAGUGGUCCCCAUUCCAGAGGGGAGCGCUUUCUUUAUCUUCAGCAGCACGAACCCCGUUCGAGUGUGUUGCCAUCGCCUUAUUCAUCAUCACAUUUUCACAAACCUCAUUUUGGCCAUGAUCAUGCUGAGCAGUGUUUCUUUGGCCGCGGAGGACCCAAUUCGCAAUCAUUCUUUCCGAAACAACAUUCUCGGUUACUUUGACUAUGCUUUUACAGCCAUCUUCACUGUUGAGAUCCUCCUGAAGAUGACCUCCUACGGUGCGUUCCUCCACAAAGGCUCCUUCUGUAGGAACUACUUUAACCUCCUUGACCUCCUCGUGGUUGGCGUUUCUCUGGUCUCCUUUGGAAUUCAAUCAAGCGCCAUCUCCGUGGUAAAGAUCCUCCGCGUGCUUCGAGUGCUGAGGCCUCUCAGGGCCAUUAACAGAGCAAAAGGCCUCAAGCACGUGGUCCAGUGCGUGUUCGUGGCUAUUCGGACCAUCGGCAACAUCAUGAUCGUCACCACACUGCUGCAGUUCAUGUUUGCCUGCAUUGGAGUGCAGCUCUUCAAGGGGAAGUUCUACAGCUGCACGGACGAGGCCAAGCACAACCCCGAGGAGUGCAAGGGAACGUACAUCGUGUUCAAGGACGGCGACGUGAACCAGCCGAUGAUCCGCGAGCGCAACUGGCACAACAACGACUUCAACUUCGACAACGUCCUCACGGGCAUGAUGGCCCUCUUCACCGUCUCCACCUUUGAGGGAUGGCCCGCGUUGCUGUACAAGGCGAUUGACUCCAACGCAGAGAACUCUGGGCCCAUCUACAACUACCGCGUAGAAAUCUCCAUCUUCUUCAUAAUCUACAUUAUUAUCAUCGCCUUCUUCAUGAUGAAUAUCUUCGUGGGUUUCGUCAUCAUCACCUUCCAGGAACAGGGAGAGAAGGAGUACGAAAACUGUGAGCUUGACAAGAACCAGCGUCAGUGUGUGGAGUAUGCCCUCAAAGCCAAGCCCUUCCGCCGAUACAUCCCCAAGAACCCAUACCAGUACAAGUUCUGGUACGUCGUCAACUCAACCGCCUUCGAGUACGUCAUGUUCGUGCUGAUCAUGCUCAACACCCUCUGCCUUGGCAUGCAGCAUUACAACCAAACCUUCCUGUUUAACUACGCCAUGGAUAUCCUCAAUAUGGUGUUCACUGGGCUCUUCACUGUGGAGAUGGUCCUCAAGAUAAUUGCCUUCAAACCGAGGGGCUAUUUUAGUGACCCCUGGAACGUGUUUGACUCCCUCAUCGUGAUUGGCAGCAUUAUAGACGUCGUUCUCAGUGAAAUCGACCCAACUGGAACUUGCCCUUUAGAUGAUGAUGUUCCUGUCGCUGAUACUAGUUUUGAUCUGCCCACGAUGAGUUCCGAGGACAGCUCCCGCAUCUCCAUCACAUUCUUCCGUCUCUUCCGUGUGAUGAGACUCGUCAAGCUCCUAAGCAAGGGAGAGGGCAUUCGCACCCUCCUGUGGACCUUCAUAAAAUCAUUCCAGGCCCUGCCAUAUGUCGCCCUGCUUAUCGUGAUGAUGUUUUUCAUCUACGCCGUGAUCGGAAUGCAGAUAUUUGGAAAAAUCGCGAUGCAAGAUGGAAUGCAAAUCAACCGCAACAACAACUUUCAAACAUUCCCUCAGGCUGUGCUCCUGCUUUUCCGUUGUGCGACGGGCGAGGCGUGGCAAGAGAUCUUGCUUGGGUGCAUGUCCGGCCGGCGCUGCGACCCCGAGUCAGACUACAACGUUGGGGAAGAGUUCACCUGCGGCAGCAAUUUCGCCAUCAUCUACUUCAUCAGCUUCUACAUGCUGUGCGCCUUCCUGAUCAUCAACUUGUUCGUGGCCGUCAUCAUGGACAACUUUGACUACCUGACGCGAGACUGGUCCAUCCUGGGGCCUCAUCACCUCGACGAGUUCAAGAGGAUCUGGUCUGAGUACGACCCAGAAGCCAAGGGACGAAUAAAACAUCUGGAUGUUGUCACACUCCUGAGAAGGAUCCAGCCUCCCCUGGGGUUCGGUAAACUGUGUCCGCAUCGCGUCGCCUGCAAGAGGCUGGUCUCAAUGAACAUGCCGCUGAACAGCGACGGCACGGUCAUGUUCAACGCAACGCUGUUCGCCCUGGUUAGAACGUCCCUCAAGAUUAAAACGGACGGGAAUUUGGACCAAGCCAACGAGGAGCUGAGAGCAGUGAUCAAGAAGAUCUGGAAGAGGACCAGCAUGAAGCUGCUGGACCAGGUCAUCCCUCCGUCAGGUGAUGACGAGGUGACGGUGGGCAAGUUCUACGCCACCUUCCUCAUCCAGGACUACUUCCGCAAGUUCAAGAGGAGGAAGGAGCAGGGGGUUCUGGGAAAGCACCCGGCCCGGAGCACCACGAUGGCCCUCCAGGCGGGCUUGCGGACGCUGCAUGAUAUCGGUCCAGAGAUCCGCAGAGCCAUCUCGGGUGACCUGCAGGAGGAGGACGCGACGUCUGUGCACUCGCAGGAAGAAGAGGAAGCCAUCUUCCGGAGAUCCGGGGGUCUCUUCAGUGACUCCGUGGGGCCACAGCCAUCGUCCGAAAGGAAGGACACCCUCCCGCAGAGCCUGGCCACUCAGCGGCCGCUGCAGCUGCCCAAGAACACGGAGGACGACCGCCACCAGGGCAGCUGCGGCCAAGAUGCGGAGGAAGGACCGGAGAGCCACCUGCUCGGCAACCACCACGUGCAGCCUGGCCAGAAUGGAGCCAAGCUUCCGGGUUCUCCACCCAACUCCAACAUCAACAAUGGCAACAACAGCCACCUGCCCGCGGCAGGCAACUGCAAGGGGGGCUUGUUCCCAUCUGACACGGGGCAGCACGCGUCCCUGCACCACCCCAACGGCACAGUCAGGAGGGCCUCGGCUAAAAGCCGAAAUCGCUACUAUGAAACGUAUGUACGCUCGUCCACGGGGGACGGACGUGUCCCCGUCAUCCAGAGGGAGGCGGCCGUCGACGAUGAGGACGGCUACGCGGCGGAGCCCAGCUUCUACAGCGACGACGAGGAGGGCAGCCCCCUCACCAUGGACAGGCAAUACUACAAGGAGUCGAGCGGACGCUACCGGGGAGCUGACCGGCAGUACGACGAGCCGCUGACCCACACGUCCUCCUGCCGCUCCCACGACAAGGAACUGAGCAGGAAUCCCCAGCGCAGGAGACUGCUGCCCCCAACUCCGCCAGGGAGGAGACCCUCGUUUAACAUCGACUGCCUACGGAGACAGUCGAGCCUCGAGUCGGACCUACCCAUGUCCUUGAACUACGCACCCAAUUCGUCCCUUCCUCUGCGGCUCGCCCAACAACAGGUCCUCGCCGUGGCCGGCCUGGAUGGCUUCGCCGCUGAACACCGGCGCCACUCAUCGGCGCAUGCGACCUCGUCAUGGGCCACGCCACCCGCCACGCCAUCCUCCACGCCGGGCCGCGGCUCCUCGUACCACAAUAGCCGCACGAUGCCGCCUUCGCUGGCGCCACCGUCGUUGCCGUCCCCCACGUCCUCGCUGCCGCGGCCGCCCUACUACACGCCCGCCAUCCUCAUCGAGCGCGCCGACUCGCGAACAUCCGCUACCUCCGCCCUCCUCCACCACCACCACCAGCAUCACCACGGCGGCAAGCUCAACGGCAGCCUGCCAUCAGUGGACCGCAGCUCGUGGUACACGGACGGGCCCGACGCACCGUACCGCAGCUUCGUUCCGGGAGGGCUCGCCGUGCCGUCUGCCCGACUGCGGGAUCGAUACGCCGAGACGCGGGGCAGCGCCGACAGCCUCGUGGAAGCCGUGCUGAUAUCGGAGGGGCUCGGCCGCUUCGCCCGCGACCCACGCUUCGUGGCGGUCACCAAGCACGAGCUGGCCGACGCCUGCGAGAUGACGAUGGACGAGAUGGAGAGCGCCGCCAGCCACCUCCUCAACGGCAGCCCCACCACGGGCGGCGGGGGCGGCCUGCACGCCCGCUCGGCGCCGGUGACCCCGCGCCGCGACUACGACCCCCAGGACUUCGGCUCGGGCGCCAGCGACGACGAGCCGGUGCACGUCAAGUACGACGAGGACCUGUCGGACGAGAUGAUCUGCGUCACCACUUUGUAGCGUAGGCCUCCCCCCCACCCCCGCCCCGCCGAUGUGUGGCGAACGUCGCAAUCGCUCGUCCGCCCGCCCACCUGCUUCCCUGCCCGUCCGCAACCAAAAGCCGGACAAGCGAAGGGGACGCGUGGGAGGUGUGGAGGAACACAGCUGGAAGAGCACCCCCGUUGUGACUCGACAUGUGCCGUUGAGAGCGAUGCAAAUGGCGCGGGGUGGCCACUUCAUGGGGCUGUCUUCCAGUCGCCGAGAAUUUCCUUCGACGCCUCCCCGCCACCCCCCCCCCCCGCCGCCCACCUCCAGACCAACCCCACUCCACGCAUCCUUCCCUCGAGCACUGCUCUCUGAGCCGCUUUCGUAGUAAAACGAUGCCAAUUGGACAGCAUUUCUGGGACCAUUUUUCGCUCGAGCAAGAGCCACGGGCAGUGCCGCGUUGGCACCUGUUGAUCGGAGUGGCGGCCCUGGCCCCUUCGCCUACCGUGCGGUAGCGGAGGAUAUGUACCCCUGAAGUAUUGUAUUAGUGCAAGAGUCACGUGGAGGACGACAAGGACUCGUUGCGCCGUUAUUUUAUUCCUUGGCUCGUCAUUGAGCGUUAUUUUUAUCGUUAAAAUAGAACACAGAGGCAGGAGGAUGGAUCUUCUGUGAAAGAAUAAGCUCAUAAGAAGCGACCACGAAUGUCGCCCUGUUUGGCAAGACCACAGCAGGAAUCAUCAGUGUUCAUAGAGACACAUUCGAAGGACGUAGUGUGGCUCAGACACUUUUUAAAACAUCAUUCUGCACAUCAGAUAUUUGCAUGUCCGCCAUACACAUGUAUACCACUUGCCCACAAGUGUGAUUUUAUACAAUUUUGCUUAAGAAAUUGAAUUACGUAAAAGUAGUAAUAUGAUUUAUACUUCACUGGGCAUGCAUGGCACAUACAUUUUAAGGCGUGCAUUCUACAGCUCUGCUUUGUAUCUAAUGCAGACACAAUCAUCAUUCAUUUCAAACCAUAUCGUUACCAUGAGCCUGUUUUAUAAAUAGGCAUAGACAGCACAAAUCAGCUAAAGUUUAUUUAUAUAGAGAUAUAAUAUACAUACCUAUUGCUGUAAGUACUUGAAUGAAAACUUGAUCUAAUUAUUUUUCAAGCAUAGCUCUUCAGGGUACUGAAGAUAAGAGAUUUAAAGUUGUUUUACAACACGUGAGUAUUUCUAAUAAAACAUUUGUUUAGUAUUUCAGAAAAAAUGGGGAAAAAUAUAUAUCAGAAAAUCAAGCAGUUUGGUCAAACAGAAUGACAUUUUUAACACUUUUAAAUGAUCUUUGCACAUAGUAUUCCGUGGAAAGCUGAACCCACACGCGAGAUGCGUACACUCAAUGUGUCUUCACAUGCAGCGAUCAUAUUUUCAAUGUCUCAUCUUGGUAGUGGAAUGCAGUCAGUGAAAGUGGCACGGUUUCGCAUGGAUUCAACACCUGGCAGUUUGGUACAGCCCCAAGCUCAGUCCACAUAAACGCCACACCCCUCCUGGUCACUCAUUUGAACGCGAAGGCGAGUGGACGCAGCUGAGAGACCGAUCCAUCUGUGUCAAUGCUCUUUAAAGCAGAGGUGGUGAGGGGGGGGGGACCUAUGGCCCAUGGUGCCGUACACAGCCUGCGACUUCAUUUCAUUCGGCACACUCAGCCACGUGAGGCCUACCACUUAAAAACGGCCCACAAACAAUAUUUAUCACCGCAAGCAUCUAAGCCUCACUACUCACGUGCAAGUGAAUAAUAUGUUCGAUCCGGCAACACUUGCGUUUCCCAUAUUAACACGCUCACUCACCUCCUGUCACUGCACGGGCCCAACUAACAAUAUAUCCAUCACUGCAAGUAUCUUAAUCAGACUAAUUGCAUAAUAGAGGGGAGUAUUUUCAACCCGGCAACACUGUGUUUCUAGUUUUAGCAUGCUCGGUCACUUCUGUCACUGCAAGGGCCUCUUGCAGUGACAGAAGUGACUGCCGCUGUGUUAAUGCUUGGCCCGCCAAAGGUAAUUGAAGGUAUCAUUAGGCCCUCAGUGAGAGAACGGUGCCUCAAUGCUGCUUUAGAAUGUCAGCCGGCCCCUCGCAACAGUGGGAGCUCCGUGUUGGUUGUGGUGUUGACGUGUCCACUGUGGUCGAGCGAUCGGUUGGUUGGACAUGCCAGGUCCUGCAGUAGUAGCGUGGUUGCCUACUCAGGGAUACGCGAUUCUUAUCCGCCGCAGGGAGAGUUACCGAGGAUAACCGUUUCAGUACUGCGUCAACACUUUUAUUAACUAAAAUGCUGCAAAACUACUGAUAUUGACAUACAACAACAACAAAAACUCAUUAUGCGCUGUCGUAGAGCAUUAUGGGCAAUGACAAAAACAAAGAUUUGCAUUUGUCCCAGACGUAAAAUAUUUCUGAACCCACCAGCCCAUGGGGCUCUCCAUAACUUAGCAUUAUCGGUCAGCAAUUAAAUCGAUUGGCGGUUGCCCGGGUCACUGCAAACCAUUGGUGGGCCGGGCAUAGUUUAAGGUUUUUUUCUGGGAGCAUCGCUGGUACCACCACCCUGUCCUGCCGGAGGGCGACGCUGGGAGCGAUGGUGAUGAGGACGAUGUCGAUCCCGCCAGCACGACCA